AUGGCAGCGCGGUCGGUGUUGGCGCUGCUGCUGCUGUUGGCCGGGACCGCCAACACCUCCCGCGCGUGUCCCGAACCCCCCCGGCCCGAUCCGCUCCCGGACGGUCCCGGUGCCGCCGUUCCGUCGGGUCCGUCCGCUCUGAGCGCGCUGCUCCGCUCCAUGGGCCGCUCCCGGCACGGCGCUGCCCCGGAGCCGCAGCCGCAGAGGUUUCCCCGUGGGCCGGGGGCCCCUUCGUGGCUCAGCCCCCGCAGUUGGGAUCCCCCGUCUGCUCCAUUCUGGACCAUGGCCACACCGCAGCGCUUCGGCCGCCGCCGCUGA